GCAUUCAGUUCCAAUUGGGCGGAUGGUAGUUCUUGAUCUAUUCGUUGAAGUAAAACCAAUAUGGAUUACAUCAAAACAGUUUUACGGUGUUCCAUACAUCUGGUGCAUGCUACACAAUUUUGCUGGAAAUAUUGAGAUGUAUGGUAUUCUCGAUGCAAUUGCACUUGGACCUAUUGAAGCUCGUACAAGUGAAAAUUCAACCAUGGUUGGCGUUGGAAUGUCUAUGGAAGGCAUCGAGCAAAAUCCUGUUGUUUAUGAUCUGAUGUCUGAAAUGGCAUUUCAUCAUAAACCAGUAGAUGUCAAGAUCUGGGUUGACUUAUAUGCAACAAGGAGAUAUGGAAGGUUUGUUCCAGCACUACAAGACGCCUGGCAGAUACUAUAUCAUACUCUAUAUAAUUGCACAGAUGGUGCCUAUGACAAAAAUCGAGAUGUAAUUGUUGCAUUUCCAGAUGUUGAUCCAUCUGUCAUAUUGAUACCAGAGAUAUCUGAAGAGAGAAAGCUUGUGCAUUUUAGUCGACAAUUAUCAGAAAGAGAGCCAUUGAAGGAAACAGCUAAUUCUUAUGAUCAACCACAUUUAUGGUAUUCAACUGCUGAUGUCACACGCGCAUUAGUUCUUUUCCUAGAAAAUGGGUAUGAUGUAUCAGAUAGCCAGACUUUCAGAUAUGAUCUUGUGGAUCUCACCCGUCAGGCAUUAGCAAAGUAUGCAAACAAAGUAUUCUUGAAGAUUAUAGAAGGGUACAAACUUAGUAAUUUAAAACAAGCGACCAUAUAUAGCCAGCACUUUCUUGACCUUGUGAAAGAUCUGGACAUGCUUUUGUCAUGCCAUGAUGGUUUUCUGCUUGGCCCCUGGUUGGAAAGUGCCAAGCGCCUUGCAAGAGACCCAGAACAGGAGCAACAGUUUGAAUGGAAUGCAAGGACUCAAGUAACCAUGUGGUUUGAUAACACUGAGACUGAAGCUAGUUUGCUUCGUGAUUAUGGAAACAAGUACUGGAGUGGUCUUCUACUAGACUACUAUGGGCCAAGAGCAUCUAUAUAUUUCAAGUACAUGAUAGACAGCUUGGUGAAGGGGGAGAGUUUCCCAUUAGAAGACUGGAGGAGGGACUGGAUAGGCCUUACCAACAAGUGGCAAAGCAGUAGAAAUUUGUUUCCAGUAAAAGCUUCUGGUGAUGCUCUAAAUAUAUCUCGAUGGCUAUAUGACAAGUAUUUAUGUAGUGAUAACUUGCAAUCACUUUAUAUGGGUUCAAACUAUGAUGAAGCUGCUAAUUUUGUGAGCUUCUAUGUUUGACACAAUCUCCUGAUGAUAAUUUCGUUCCCGAAGUUCAAAAGAAUCUUAUUGCCUUGGGCUUUUUAUCAAAACAAUUAUGUUAUGAGUUGUUUGUUCCAUAAUGGAUUCCUAAUUUAUUUGUCAAGAAGGCAUUGUCUAGGCAAUGAUAUGUCAAUUUGCCACAAAUUGAGUUUCUUAUUACUCUGUAACACCAGAGUCAACUUAGUACUUAAUAUGUUUGGUGUUCCCACUGUUUAUGGACUAUGGAUAUUUCAAAAUAUAUUAAUGGGAACUUUUAGUACCAAACAAGAAGAUCAUCAUUUUUGACGAUAAA